CAAAAGUACGGCUACCUUCCACCGACUGACCCCAGAAUGUCAGUGCUGCGCUCUGCAGAGACCAUGCAGUCUGCCCUAGCUGCCAUGCAGCAGUUCUAUGGCAUUAACAUGACAGGAAAAGUGGACAGAAACACAAUUGAUUGGAUGAAGAAGCCUCGAUGUGGUGUACCUGACCAGACAAGAGGAAGCUCCAAAUUUAAUAUUCGCCGAAAGCGAUAUGCAUUAACAGGACAGAAGUGGCAGCACAAGCACAUCACUUACAGUAUAAAGAACGUAACUCCAAAAGUAGGAGACCCUGAAACUCGUAAAGCUAUUCGCCGUGCCUUUGAUGUGUGGCAGAAUGUAACUCCUCUGACAUUUGAAGAAGUUCCCUACAGUGAAUUAGAAAAUGGCAAACGCGAUGUGGAUAUAACAAUCAUUUUUGCAUCUGGUUUUCAUGGAGACAGUUCUCCCUUUGAUGGAGAGGGGGGAUUUUUGGCACAUGCCUAUUUCCCUGGACCAGGAAUUGGAGGAGAUACACAUUUUGACUCAGAUGAGCCAUGGACACUAGGAAAUCCUAAUCAUGAUG